GUGCAAGAAUUUGAGCAUGUGAAUGGACAGUGGUCUAUGCCCUGGAUGAUGGAGCUGGAAGAAAAUAAAGUUGCAACUGCAGGUCACCCAGACUCACCAGGCAAAACUCCUUCUACUGGCACUCCAGCUGACACACAGCCCAGCACCCCAGUUCCAGAAGAUGCUUCAAAGACAGAAGAUGGAAGUAAGGAGACUGAAAAAGAGAAAGAAGGGAAGAAGGAUACUGACGCUGAACAGCAGAGCAAAAAGUCAGAAACAGAGGUCAUUGCUAUUCCUGAUGAUGAUGAGAAAAUACCCCCCCUUGCUGAACAGAAAGAAAAAGGAGAGAAUGAACUUGGCUCUGUAUCCACUACAGAGACUGAAAAAAUGGGUAGUGGAGAAGAGGAGAAGAAAAGUGGAGAAGUUGCUGAAAAAAGCAAAAUGUCUGACACAAAGACUGAAGAGCCUGAAACAAAAAGGGAUGACUCCACAAACAAAGAUGAAAAGAAAGAAGAUAAAAUGGAGAAGACUGAUACCACUUCAGCUACAGAUGAGAAGAAAGACCAAAAGGAUGAAAAGGAUUCUGGAAAGGUGGAUGAACCAACCAAAUUACAAAAUGGUGAUGGUGGCAAAGAUGGUGUGGCUGCAGGAGCAAGUGAAGAGAAGAAGAAAGCAAAGACCCGUUUCAUGUUUAAUAUCGCGGAUGGAGGAUUUACCGAGUUGCACUCACUGUGGCAGAACGAGGAGCGAGCAGCCACAGUUACUAAGAAAACCAAUGAGAUAUGGCAUCGCCGGCAUGACUACUGGCUUCUCGCUGGCAUUAUACAACAUGGUUAUGCUCGGUGGCAGGAUAUUCAAAACGAUGUAAAAUUUGCAAUCCUCAAUGAACCCUUUAAGGGGGAGAUGAACAGAGGAAAUUUUCUGGAGAUCAAAAACAAGUUCCUGGCCCGGAGAUUCAAGCUGCUAGAGCAGGCCCUGGUUAUUGAGGAACAGCUACGAAGGGCAGCAUAUUUAAACAUGACUGAGGAUCCUUCUCAUCCCUCCAUGGCUCUGAACACGCGCUUCAGUGAGGUGGAGUGCCUGGCUGAGUCACAUCAGCACCUAAGCAAGGAGUCCAUGUCUGGCAACAAGCCUGCCAAUGCCGUCCUGCAUAAAGUGCUGAAACAGCUUGAGGAGUUGCUGAGUGACAUGAAGGCAGAUGUCACCCGUCUUCCAGCAACCAUCGCCAGGAUACCGCCUGUUGCUGUGCGGCUGCAAAUGUCUGAAAGAAACAUUCUCAGCCGUUUGGCCAGCAGAGGCCCAGAGACACAGUCCCAGCAGGUAUCACAGCAGUAGCCUGCACAGGGCUUAAGCCCACCACUCAAGCACCACCCACCACCUCUACAUUCCUGACUGACACCUCAGAUGACAUCAAGCCUUAGCUUGAAGCCACACCCCUUUACCUACAAAUGGACACGAGUCUGUAGGCAAAAAGUUUGAGUGGAAUCUGAAGCUGUUCUGUUUUAUUUUUUUAUUUCUUUAUUAAUAUUAUUGAUGUAAUGUUAUUAUGAUGGUUUUUGGGACCGAAAAUAAAAGCAUAAUAAAAACCUUUGUCCCACUUUA